AUGGAUCCUAGGCAAGUUGACGAACGUCUAGAACUUCUGGACUCAACAUGGACUAGAUUUCUUGAAGUACAAGAGAAAAUAGAACUAAUAAUAAACGACACAGAACUGGAUGAAGAAGUAAAUUACAAGAUGGACAUUGAAGAAGUAUUCAUUAAGUUGAAGAUUAUGUUGAAGCAGUUGAAACCUAUUUCAAUUUCGAAUACAACUCAAGAAAUCAAUGAAGCAAGCAACUCUACUGGCAAUACAGCUUCAACAUCCCAUAUUUCAUUUGUACCUUUCAGUGAAGAUGAAUCUUUUGACAAUUUUACAAAAAGACUUGAAGUAUUUAUGCACCUGAAACACAUAUCAGAUGAAACUACAAAGACAUUCACCCUACUUAAUGCCCUACCUCCUACGUUACAUCAAAAGCUCUACAACAUUUGUGCACCUGAAAUGCCACUUCAGAAAGAUUAUGAUGACCUUAUAGCUUUAUUGAAGCAAUACUUGGAUCCUCAACCAAGCGUUUGGGCACGGCAACAUAAUUUCAUAGUACGAGAGCAAAUGAUAGGUGAAUCCGUUACAGAUUUUACAGUUGAACUAAAGAAACUUGUUACUCCUUGUGAAUUCAAAUGUACUUGUGGAAAAUCUACAGCUGAAACUAUGCUACGUUUACAGUUCAUCAGGGGAUUGCAAGAUGCUGAGAUAAGAACAAAACUACUACAAGUAGAAUCAGACAAGACCUUCCAGGAAGUCAUAAAUACUGCUAAGAUAAUGGAACUAUCUAAAACUGAAAAUACAAUGAUUACAUCUUCACAACAUAAAGCCGAAAUUAAUCAAGUGAUCUCAAAGCCUACUAAUAAACGAUUCAAUACAAACAGUGAAAUGAGAAUUAAAUCUACAGGACACAACAACAGUUCAUUCACAUUCCAAUCACUUAAGGGAAAGUGUUACAGAUGCGGUGACGAAAAGCAUAAAGCUAACAAAUGUAAAUUUACUGAACACUGGUGUAGAAAAUGUGGGAAGAUGGGUCACAUCGCUCGAGUGUGUCUGAGCGAGAAUUCCAUGGCAAAAUUUAAGAACUUGAGAAACACAUGUCAAGCUGAUGUCUUAGUUGAAGAAGAUGAAUCUUAUGAAAUGAACUUAAUAUCUUCAAAAAACUCAGAUAAGUUUAAUUUGAAGGUGAACAUUGAGGGAAAUGAAAUUACAAUGGAACUAGAUACUGGGGCCGCAUUGAGCACUAUAUCUUACAAGGAUUACAGGAAUCUAGGAUUGAAAAAAUCCAUUCACAAAACAAAAGUGGAACUUCGUACUUAUACUGGGGAGGUUUUCGAGCCUGUUGGAUAUGUAUUUGUGAAAUGCACAUACAAAGAUCACGAUUUCAUUGGUAAACUAUACGUGAUCAACCGGAAUGUCGAUCCUAUCUUUGGACGUGAUUGGAUAAGGGAAGUUAAACUAGAUUGGGCUGACCUUAGGAGUAUUACAAGUUCUCACAUGCAUGCAGAUAUCGAUAGACUGAUUGAGAAUUACAAAGAUGUAUUUGAUCAAAAUAUUGGUGUUAUUCCCGAGGUAGAAGGUCAUAUACAACUACUUGAAGAUGCCAAACCGGUUUACAUGAAACCUCGUUUAGUGCCAUAUGCUUUAAGACCUAAAGUUGAAGAAGAACUGGACAGAUUGGAAAAAAUAGGAAUCAUCUCGAAGGUCGAACAAAGUGAUUGGGGAACUCCAAUCGUUCCAGUCGUGAAACCCAGUGGCAAGAUCAGAAUCUGUGCAGAUUUCAAAGUGACCUUAAAUAAACAAAUUAAGGACAUCAAAUACCCUAUUCCACGUAUUGAGGACAUUUUUGCAAAAAUGAGUGGUGGUAAGUACUUUUGUACACUAAACAUUAGUAACGCUUAUUUACACAUGUCAAUGGACCAAGAAAGUGCGCUACUUCAAACAAUCAGUACACAUAAAGGACAAUAUAAGGUAAAUCGACUCAUGUUCGGAAUCAAGACUGCUCCGGCUCUAUGGCAAGGGUUUAUGGACAAAAUACUUUCUGGAAUUGAUGGCGUUCAGUGUUUUUUUGACGAUAUUAUUAUUCAAGGUUCGACUGAGUCUGAGGCCCUAACAAGGCUAGAAAGUGUUUUGAAAGUCAUUAGGAGACACAACCUCAAACUAAAUAAAGACAAAUGUAAGUUUUUUCAAACACAAAUUGAUUACCUUGGACAUACUAUAGAUCAAAAUGGUCUACACAAGAACAAGGACAAAGUGGAUGCAAUCUUAAAAUCACCAAAACCGUCAAAUGUGACAGAGCUACGAACAUUCCUGGGCUUGACUAAUUACUACCAGAAAUUUAUCCCCAAUUUGAACACAAUCUUGAAUCCACUACACAAUCUAUUAAAGGCGCACACUAAGUUCGUUUGGACCAGAGAAUGUGAUAAAUGCGUGGAAAAAGUUAAGGCUGAGAUAGCUAGUGACCGGGUCCUUGCUCAUUUUGAUGAAAAUGAAACCUUAGUGCUAGCCACGGACGCUUCUCCAGUCGGAUUAGGAAUUGUUCUUUCUCACCGCUACAAAGAUGGUACUGAGCGGCCAAUUUCAUUCGCUUCUCGAUCUCUCACUGCAAGUGAGAAAAAGUACAGUCAGAUAGACAAAGAGGCACUGGCGAUUUACUGGGGAUUGAAGAAGUUCUACCAGUAUUGUUAUGGCAGAAAGUUUGUCCUUGUAACAGAUCAUAAGCCACUUGUUUCAAUCUUUGACCCAUACAGAACCUUACCUACUAUGACUGCCACACGUAUUUUCAAUUACGCUCACUUCCUCUCUGGCUUUGAUUAUACUAUUGAAUAUAGGAACACCAAAUCACAUGGUAAUGCAGACUACAUGUCUCGCUUUCCUAAUGAGCAUCCACCGACAAAUCAAAUUGAUCAACACGAAGCAUUUUACAUUAAUCAAAUUGAAUCAAUGCCUGUAACACAUGAAAAUAUUGCAAAUGAAACAUCAAACGACAAUGACCUAAAACCUCUUUUGAAAGCACUUCAAGAUGGCACGGAUUUAGAACGUAUUGGCUUGAAGAAUAAUGAGUAUUCACUUCAUGAUGGCUGCAUUGUUCGUGGUUCCAGAGUAGUAAUUCCUGAAAAACUGCAAGGAAAAGUACUCAAUGAACUUCAUUUAGGACACUUAGGAGUUGUGAAAAUGAAAAAUCUUGCAAGAAGUUUUUGUUACUGGAAACACAUUGACCGUAACAUAGAAGAUCUAGCAAAGUCUUGUCGUCCAUGCUGUUUGAAGCAGAAUCUUCCUGAAAAAGUAGAUGUCCAUCCUUGGCUGGUUCCAUCAGGACCUUGGCAACGAAUACACAUCGACUUUGCAGGUCCAAUUUAUGGGCAAUACCUUUUUGUUAUCGUUGACGCCUAUUCAAAGUGGGUUGAAGUCAUACCAACCAAAACUACAACAUCUAAUUGGUGCAUUCAACAGCUCAGGAAACUCUUCUCUACCUUUGGUUACCCGUUCACGUUAGUCUCUGACAAUGGCCCUAACUUCACAUCAUCUAUUUUCAACCAAUUUCUACAAGCUUGUGGCGUCACACAUAAAUUCUCUGCCCCCUAUCACCCUGCAACCAACGGACAAGCAGAGAGAUUUGUUCAGACUGUAAAGAAACAGUUAAUAGCAAUGGAGAAUGAUGGAGGAGAUUUGCACUUCAAAAUAAAUCACAUCCUAAUGUCACUAAGGAAUGCCACAAAUGCGACAGGGUCCUCGGCAUAUGAACUUAUGUUUGGGAGACGAAUAAGGACAAGGCUGGAUCUUAUGAAGAGACCCCAAGAUCACACAGAAAUGCCCGACGGAUGUACUAAAAUCAAAAGAGAGUUUCGGGUGGGGGACAGGGUUCAGGUGCGCAAUUUCGGAAAAGACGGAAAGUGGAAAUUUGGAAACGUAAGAAGGAGAGAAGGAUUGGUGCAUUAUCAAAUGGAGAUGGACAAUGGGCAGGUUUGGAGAAGGCACAUUAACCACAUUCGGCCGUGUAAAUUUGAGGGGGAGGAUUAA